ACCUCCUAUGUAGCCAAGGAUAAACUUGACCUCACAUCCUCCUGCCUCCACCUCCUGAUGCUAGGACCACAGUCAUGCACCAUCACGCCUGGUUUCUCCUUGCUAUCAGUUUACCAUGAACAGCCUGUAGCUAUUGAUUUUUUUGUAGCUCAUGUAAUGACAACUUUAUUUAUUUACUUUAAACUUUCACGUAUGUGGAAGUCAGAGACGACUUUCGGGGAACUGGUUCUCUCCUUCCUCCAUGUGGUCAUGGAACUGAAACUCAGGUUACCAGUCCUGGUAGCGAGUGUCCUUGCCUGCUGAGCCAUCUUGCUGCCCUGUGACAGUUAUUUUUGAAAAGUGUUUGGUGAGUACAGUCUUUCAAGUGAUGCUUAGCAGUGAGUGUGGCAUGUUGGGAAGCUGGGCAUCUGGGGGUGACAUGGGGCCUGGGGCUCCCCUUUCUCUUCCCUCCAUCUGAGCUCUCUUCCUUCAUACCCAACUUUGUUGUCUCCAAAACUUAUCAGAACCACCCUUGCUCUUCCAUUCCUGAGAAUGAAUGUCUACCCCCUUCUCAUCCCCUCUAGUCCACUUGGAACCUUCUGGUUCUCAGGUGGGCCAAUCAGCAAGGUUCUGACCCCUGAGGGCAAGCUGGCCUUAGAGUUCUAGCCAGGUCUCCAAAGGGCCUCUGGUUCUGACACCUGCCUUCAGUGAGAGCCAGACUUGGGUGGAGAACAGAAACCUGGGGCUAAAGAGGAAGUGGGGAAUUGUGGGUGUUGCUGGGGAGAAACAAGCACACUCUUACUUCAUUCACUGUGGUUUCCUCCUGGGCUUUCUCAGCUUUCCUCACCCUGUCUUAUGAGGCAGGAGACUACAGUUUCUCUGUAAGCCUUUAUCUAGUGCAGUUCAGGAGCCUAGCUACAAAGCCUGUGGCUGGAGGAUCCACAGGGCCACACAGGCCUUGCUCAGCUUCUCUCUUGUCCACGGAGGUCUCUGCUUCCUCAGCAAUUCAUCCCACACUGGCUGUGGUGGCUGCCUGGAUCCUGCCCUGCCCUGAUCUCUUCUCCUCAGAGCAUCCCUAGUCCUUCCCUUCCUGCCCCAUCCCAGCUGAGAAGAGGACCUAUGGCCUGGGAGGCCACAUGCCUGCUGUCCCCCAUCCUGCUGGUGCUCCUGGCCUCAGGUUCCUGGGCACAGAACAGAGUGUUUCUUCAAAGAGCAGAGGGCAAGACCAUUGUGGUGAGAUGCCAGUAUGAUUCCAGCCAACGCUUCAAGGAGAAGGUGUGGUGUCAGAAAACAUCAGCAGAAACUGGUGAAAUCUUAGUGUCCAGUCACAGCACAGAUGCUCAGCAGUCAAAAUUCUCCAUCAGGGACUAUCCUGAUUCUCAAUUCUUCAAUGUCACCAUGACUGCACUCACGGUGAGAGACUCAGGUCUCUAUUUCUGUGGGAUCGUUGAAAAUCGCAGAACGAUCUCUGUUCUCAGAAACAUCUACCUGAAGGUGUCAAAAGAUCCAGCCCCACCCACGGCCUCCUGGAGGACAACAGCCUUGGUCUCUGCCACCAGCUCUGUCACUGGCAGCCCUCCAGAUAACUGGAUGUGGAAGGUCAUCAUUGCUGGUGUGGUAGUGGCCACCCUGCUACUGCUCGGACUUGUGGUCCUUGUCAUCCUGUACCUCAGGAAUGCUCGACGAAGAGCCCAGAAAGCUGAGAACGAAUGUCACCAUAUUUAUGAAGACUUUCCAGGCCAGCAGGAGGAAACCACUAUAAGUAGGAAGGACUCCUCUCUGGGACCUAAGGCCUUCAGUCAGCAGACCCUCUCCAGUGAGGACGCUGAGAUCAUCUGCUAUGCUUCCCUCAUCCACCUCAACCACGUGAGCCCUCAGGACUCUGUCUCUAGCAACACCCAGCCCUACCUGAAGCCCUCGCCUGACCCCCUUCUGUCUGUGGAAUAUGCUAGCAUCUCUAGAAACAGACUCCAGUCUUCCACGGCUCCCCAAGAGGUGGAGACCAGGAACUGAGGCUGAGCGCACAGGGCAGAGCAUGUAGGCAUAAAGGCACAUCCCAGCAGAGGAGGAACUUCCUACAGCAUAGAUGGCCUCAGAAUUUUGGGGCCACACUUUCUUCAAGGAAGAUGACCCAAAGCACAGUGGAGAGGGCCUGUGGACCCCUGGUCUCUCCCCUCUGGAGGUCAGUGCCGCUGGGACGGUCUACGUGGACAGAGACCUGGGCCAGUGCCUCUCGAUGACUUGCCUCCCUUCCUGUGGUGACCUCCACUUCCUUCCCCACUGGCUCUUGAAACCCAGGAAGAUUGUGCAAGUUCCCCCAGGAACUCCGAGUCAGCGGGGACGUCUGCCCAAGCCCCAGCUCCUUCCCACACCAGCCUGUUUCUAAAACCAUCCUGCUCGGGAACUCUGGUGACCCUGCCAGGAAGAAUGCUAAGAUGCGGCCAGCGCCCAUCAGUGAUCUGUCUUCUGAGGCAUUUCCAACCACAGCGGAACCAGGGAGCUUCCUUACCACAGCCAGCCGCACGUCUCUGUCAGAGCGCAUCCCGGCUCCUCUGCCUUCUGGAGGACCGCCAUUCUCUCCGCUAACGGUGUCUACCCCUUCUGUGCCACGUCCACCUUCCAGGACCCCAGCACAGAAGAUUCGCCUCUGUCCGCAGCCCCAGGCUCCAUGCGGACAGACUGCUCACUGGCGCUCAGACUGGGGGAGGCAGGUUCAGGGAAGGAAUGGGAUGCUGUGAGUGUGGCCCUGCUCUUGGGGACCCUGCCUCACCCUGAUGCUCAUAUCUUCCUCCUGCAGCACAGAUUUGGCUGGAAGAGACUGGGUGAUUCCUAUCCCGGACAGGAGUCCAACUCCGUCUUGCUCUUGGGUUAUUGGUCUUUGCUAAUGGUCUCACUUGACCUCUGAUCUUUCAUGACUCUUUUUUUUCCCCCGAGACAGUGUUUCUCUGUGUAGUUUUGGUACCCAUCCUGGGUUUGGCUCUGUAGAC